GUUGCGGGAUUUGGGCCUGGGUUUGCUUGGCCCCGGGCAGAUGAGGAACCUGUGACGGGGUGGAGCGGCGCCGUCUCGGCCCUGAGGCUUGUUGACCGCCCUGUGCCUCCUGGCUCACCUGACGUAAGGCCAGCGCGUUGCUCUUCUCUCCGCGACAGGAAAGCUCUGCGCUCCCCGCGAAGGUCGGCAGCAACUAGUAGCGACCGCGGAACGGCGGCGAGCGGCCCCGGGUAUGUACGCCCCUGGAGGCACUGGGCUGCCCAGCGGGCGCCGGCGGAGGACCCCGGGAAGCAGCGCUCUGCCCAAGCAGCCGGAGCGGAGCCUGGCUUCGGCCCUGCCGGGCGCCCUGUCCAUCACGGCGCUGUGCACUGCCCUCGCCGAGCCCGCCUGGCUGCACAUCCACGGCGGCACCUGUUCCCGCCAGGAGCUGGGGGUCUCGGAUGUGCUGGGCUACGUGCAUCCGGACCUCCUGAAAGAUUUCUGCAUGAAUCCCCAGACAGUGCUACUCCUGCGAGUCAUUGCUGCCUUCUGCUUCCUGGGCAUCCUGUGCAGCCUUUCUGCAUUCCUUCUGGAUGUCUUUGGGCCCAAGCAUCCAGCUCUGAAGAUCACCCGUCGCUAUGCCUUUGCCCACAUCCUCACAGUCCUGCAGUGUGCCACUGUCAUCGGCUUUUCCUACUGGGCGUCCGAACUCAUCCUGGCCCAGCAGCAGCAACAUAAGAAGUACCAUGGCUCCCAGGUCUAUGUCACCUUUGCUGUUAGCUUCUACCUGGUGGCAGGAGCUGGUGGAGCCUCCAUCCUGGCCACAGCAGCCAAUCUCCUGCGCCACUACCCUACAGAGGAAGAGGAGCAGGCGCUGGAGCUGCUCUCGGAGAUGGAGGAGAAUGAGCCAUACCCUGCAGAGUACGAGGUCAUCAACCAGUUCCAGCCACCCCCGGCCUACACUCCCUAA